AUGUACAUUCAUACUGUUAAUGAGUGCCUGACCGAUGCUGUGGGGCCUCUCUCUGCUUCCAUUGAUGUGGCGCAAGGAACCGAGGAGACGGCGGCUGUUGUUAUUGAGGGGUCCUCGACCGAUGCUGCGAGGCCUCGAUCCGAUGAGGUGUUUUCCUCGGUGGCCUCCCCUACGCUAAUGCGCUUUGAAGUUGACGUUGGUGCCGGCGGCUGUUCCUGGAAUAAUGUGAACAUGGUUCCUAGGCCUCUUCCGUCCCCCGAGCCCAUCACAGGGCAUCCGGUUGAUCUUGGGCCUGUGGUGACGGCUACAGCCUCUUGCGAACCAGUGGCGGAUUUACCUAUUUCAUGUGGGCUGGACCGUGAUCUUCAAGUAACCUCUGAUUCCAGUACAACAAGUGAUGUGGGCUUGGGUGAGGCUACGGCCUGGAAUCCCCCCGGCUGGUCGACGGUGUUGGUCUCUUUCGGGAACCUGCCUGUUGAUGCGGCAACGGAUGGAGUUCCUUCUGCGACCUCGCCCAGCUCGCCUGUGCAAUCCCCCCUCCUCUGCUAUCCCGGAGUUCAAUCUUCUAGUAACCCCUCCUCCACAGCAAAGCACAUCUGCAAGGCCUCUCCAAGUGUACUCGGGUUGACGUCUCCGUCGGCGCCUGCACAAGUGCUCGAGUCCGGUGGGUGCCGCUUCUCCCCUGAUGGCGGGAUUGCAGAUGACGCCCGUGGGAAGGAUGGCCCAUUGCCGAGGAGAAUCGGCCCUCGUCCCCUCCUUUGGCGCGAGAAGCUUCCCCCGGUGCGGCGUGGUAGUCUCGUCGGUGACUCCGCGGCGGUUGGGGGCCCCUCUGCUCUUCCUCCGCCACGCAGUGGCGUGGCGUGGGGAGCGUGGUCACGCCCGCCUGGUGAAGCUUCGCGGCAGAGCCGGUGGCUUGCUGGGAAGAAGGUGGAAUUUGGCCCUGAAGACCUGGAGAGAAGUAUGAAGAAGAAGGCAAUGCAAGCCGUGGACAUUCUUACCGAGCAGGAAGGCAUUGAUCAGCAGGCUCUGGACGACUACGCAAGGCUGUUCGGUCAGACCCUAUCUGAUUCACACAUUCGUGCCUUGACUGCUUUAUUCAACUGGUCUCUUCCUGAUGAUUUUGGCCCUGCUAAAAUUCUUAUCUGGAAUGUAAGGGGCCUUAAUUCUUCAGCCAGGCAAUACUCGGUUCGUACCAUUGUCGAUUCAGCUCGUCCAGACAUUGUCUACAUUCAGGAGACUAAAAUGGUGGCAGUAACAAGAAGGACGCUUCUGUCGGCAUUUGGCUCUGAUUUCUCUGAGUUCAUUGAAGUCCCUUCGGCUGGUGCUAGUGGAGGUAUUUUGGUAGCUUGGCGACGGCAUAUUGGAGUAUCUGGCGCUCAACGUGUUGAUAAUCACAGCGUGACCAUACAGUUCUCUUCAGCUGAGGGGCAACCUUGGUGGCUUACAUACGUUUAUGGACCACAAGGAAAUGAGGAAAAGAUACAAUUUCUGCAGGAACUUCGUAAUAUCAGAGCCGACUGCCCAGGGCCUUUGGGUUGUAGCUGGGGAUUUCAAUCUGAUAUAUAA